UCCAAACUUUGUUCAUACAUCUUCUCCUUCCUCGCUCCUUCCCUUCUCUCCGCCAUGAAGCAACGUACUACGAGGAUAAUCUCCGUUAAAUGGAUCUUAUUUAUCUGCAUCUUCUUCUUCGCCCUUGGAGCUCUCUUCAGCCAAAGGAUCUGGAAUGUAACUACAUCCAACGAUCCGCUCGUCUCAAAACAUCGACGUGAACAGGAGGAGACAAUGUCGGACGAUUGUGACAAUAAGAAAAAGCCUGCUGGUGAAAAUGAUGUAAUGGGUCAAGUUUUGAAAACCCACGAAGCAAUUGAAUCUCUGGACAAGACAGUUGCAAUGCUUCAGAUGAAGUUAGCUGCCUCGCGUAGAAAUCAGGAAAUGAAGAACUCGGAUGACGCCGGUGCCUACUCGACCUUGGCUCUAGCUCAUAAUGGCUCGCAGAGGGCGAAAGUGUUCAUGGUCAUUGGGAUCAACACUGCCUUUAGUAGUAGGAAGCGGCGUGAUUCCAUCAGAGAAACAUGGAUGCCACAAGGGCACAAACUUGUUAAGUUGGAGCGUGAGAAGGGGAUUGUUAUCCGAUUUAUGAUCGGCCAUAGUGCAACAUCCAACAGCAUUUUAGAUAGAGCUAUUGAUUCAGAGGAUGCUGAGCAUAAGGACUUCCUUCGACUGGAGCAUGUUGAAGGAUAUCAUGAAUUAUCUGCAAAAACGAAAACUUACUUUUCUACUGCGGUCACAAAAUGGGAUGCAGAAUUCUACAUCAAGGUGGACGAUGAUGUCCAUGUUAAUCUUGGUAAGCUAGCUGCAACUCUCGGCCGUCACCGUUACAAGCCCGGGGUCUAUAUAGGGUGUAUGAAAUCAGGACCAGUUCUUUCUAAAAAGUUUGUCAAGUACCAUGAACCGGAGUACUGGAAAUUUGGAGAAGUCGGGAACAAAUACUUCCGACAUGCAACGGGUCAGAUAUAUGCAAUUUCCAAGGAUCUCGCAGACUACAUUGCCAUAAAUCAGCCUAUAUUGCACAAGUAUGCCAACGAAGAUGUGUCCCUCGGUUCAUGGUUUAUCGGCCUCGAGGUCGAGCACAUAAAUGAUAGGAGCAUGUGCUGCAGGACUCCAUCAACUCACAUGUUCUUGAAGAAAGAUUGUGAGCGGAAGGCACAAGAAGGUAAUACAUGUGUUGCAUCAUUCGAUUGGAGCUGCAGCGGAAUCUGCAAAUCGUUGGAGAGGAUGCAACUGGUUCAUCAAAAGUGCGGCGAAGGGGAUGCUGUGGUUUGGAGUGCGUUAAUUUAAACCGAUAUAAAGGUUUUAUUUGGGGGAAAAACAAGAUUGAAACAUCCAUGGGUGGAGGGGAAAACAGGUGUACGAGACAACAGCAAUUUGCAAAUAGAUUUUCUCCACUGUUUGCUUAGAAAAAUGGAAAGCGAUCGAGGCAUUGUUCAGUAGUUAGAAUGUAUUUUUAUGCAUAUUUUUUUCUAAUAGAAAUGUAUUACCACAUGUAUACACUUCAAUUCAAUUGAUGAAUUAUAAUAAAAUCAAACAAAAAUAUUUGGUU